AUGAUGGGUGCCCCCUUAUUGGUGGUGCGGAGACCCCACGAGGAACGUCAUGAGAACCAGCAAUUCAAGGCCAAGAACCCUGCCAGCAUCGAUGACAACGUCGGCAGAGUGCUCGACUGGCUAGAGUCCGAGGGCCUUGCGGAGAACACUAUCGUCAUUUACACAUCUGACCAGGGCUUCUUCUUAGAAAGCUUUCAGAUGCCGUUCAUGAUCCGAUACCCCAAGGCCAUUAAGCCGCAGUCUGUGUGCAAUGAUAUUAUUUGCAACGUGGACUUUGCACCAACCUUCCUCGACUUUGCCGGUGUCCGGAUCCCGAGCUACAUGCAAGGGCGAUCCAUUCGACCUCUCCUCCUCGGAGAAGAUCGAGUCGAGCCGUCUGGGCAGCAAGUGGCAUACCACAGGCAUUGGAUGCAUCGAGACGUAAUUCACGAAGCCUAUGCACAUUAUGGUGAGCUAUUCGACUGCCACGAGGAUCCGCUCGAGCUCUUCAACUGCUACAACGACCCCAAGUACUUAGACAUAGCGAAGAAGAUGACAAAGCUUCUUGAUGAGAAGAUGGCUGAGAUUGGGGACGAACCGAUACAUACAAAGUUGGCCGGAUCAAAGCUGCUCAACGGCGUCCACUGA